CUGCAUGCUAGAAUUGUUACUUCCUCUUACUUGUUAUAUAAAUAAUAUCUAUAAACAUUCGUUUAACCGCCGUAUUCGUCUCAAUGACAUACUACUUCGGACAAACAUGAGGCGUGCAAAUCAAUUCCUAACCCAGCCCAUCAUCCCGCAUUCUAUGCCAAGUACUUAACCGACUCCAAUCUGCUAUUUUGGCCGUUUCCAUGGCAAUCUUCUAGCUGGUACGGACAGCUAACAUCGUGGCCAGCUUUUUGAGCUGUGGAGAAUCAUCAAAGUAGCAUAACCUGUUUGCGUGACGUUCGUAAGAGCUGUCGGAUUUUUCCAUCGGCCCCGUUACGUUGCUUUCAUUAGCUGCCGAUUAGAUAAGCGACGUCUACAGAGCUCCGUUGUUCUCGUACAGCUCCGUCACUUUGCUACUAUAUUCCAACGUAGUAAUAGCAGCAGCAGUAGCAGCGCUACAACGGUAUAUCUCUGUCACUACGUUCCCUUCUUUCUCCAAAGAGGGCGGCGAGAAUGUUAGAGAAAUGCACGUUUGAAAGCAAGAAACCGUGUUGUGGUUCGAAUCAUUCGAAUACGGUAGCAAACGACAGGGCUAAACGCCAUAGCUUCCACUGUAACAGUUCGGAAACCCGUGUGGUUCUUUUCGCGGGGAUGCUAUUCAGCUUGGCAACGUUGCUGACUUCGGUUUCGAUCGACGGGAAACGUGAAUGACUGUUAAAGAGUACUAGACAAGCAUUUGCUUUCUUGUGCUGUGGCAGACGAAAUGGAUUACGGGUGAAGUGACACAGAAGGAAAAGUGAGCCGAACGAUUAAUAAACGGAGUAAAACUGAUCGAACCUUCGAGUUAUAUGGCUAUAGCAGUUGUUGACAUGGUACGCUGCGAAUGGUCUUUUGUACUGGGCAUCGACUGAAAUGCAACGCGUACACGAUGCACAUCGGCACAAUGAAGCUCACUACGGCCGUUCUAUGUUUGUUUCGACCUAAUAAAAGGUGCAGUUAAGGACUAUUGCUGAAAGCUGCUGAUCGAGCCAUGAGCAAUGCUAUCAUCGUUAGAUGCUAUGAUGCGAGCACGACAUUAUCGAAACGGCCCCGCGAGAAGCCCUUUAUGUUUUCGUCAACAGCUUAUUCUCGCCGGCUGUAUACUGUGCGCGAUCUGCUUACUGUCCCUUCAGCUAUAUGUGCCUUACGGAUUUCAGGACAAGGCAAUGCCAACAGUCAGCAAAGUUCAGCGCCUUGAAAAAAUCCGCCAAUCCUCAAGCUUCCGCCACAAUUCAACUCAACCAGCUCGUGCGGUGACACCCCAUCGAUCGCAGCUGUCACCCGCCAAAAGGAAAAUACCAAAAAAAACUACCUUUCCGCCUGUAGAGGCCAAAACGGUGCGUCGAAAGUGGACCUUUAACUUUACCCUACGAAUCAAGCCUACAGCAUGCCAGACUCAGAAUGGCCGUUGUAACUUUAGCGAACCCGUUGUAACUUGCGUAUCUAGCGGUGCUAGUCAAUUCGAGCGGAGACAAGCAGUUAGAAAAACGUGGGGAAACUGGCCUAAUGUAAGGGUGUUAUUUUUCUUCGGUGCAAACGAAAGUUUCCAAGCAAAGCUGAUUGAAGAGACUGCCAAUUACAAUGAUAUCGUUCAAUAUGAUUUUCUGGAUACGUAUGAGAACUUGACAUAUAAAUCUGUAUCGAUGCUUCGAUUUGUCUCCGCUUCAAAAUGGGACGCACUCAAAUUUGUCAUGAAGUCAGAUGACGAUACGUUUAUUAACGUACGGUUGCUCCCAAAAGUUCUUGCAGCGAUAAAACGCCCGGGCAUUUUUGGUAGUGUUCAAGCAGGUGCUCGCCCAAGACGGGAGCCAAAAGACAAAUGGUACGUUCCUGAAGAGGAGUUUCCGGAAAAUGUCUUCCCGUCGUACGUAACAGGUUGCUUCUAUAUUAUUCCGAUCACCCAGGCACUACAAAUGAGCGAACAUGCAACAGACAUACAUCUUCUCCGGUUCGAAGAUACGUACAUAACAGGCCUCCUUGCCAAAAAGCUCCAUAUUCCACGAUACCAAGUGCCGUUAGCCGGCGUUGAUUGGACAAACUCGAGGCGUCGAAUGCAAGAUGUCGUUAAAUCUUUGAUAGCAAAACACUACGUACAGCCAAUACAAAUGCUGAAAAUGUUUGCCUAUAUGAACGAUCCAAGAAAUAUAAUCGCUUAAAUUUCGACCCUUCAGAUAGGCAGGCAGGCAGGCAGGCAGGCAGGCAGGCACGCAAGCAGUCGAACGUCAUCAUCCAUCUCCUUCGCUACUAUUUGCUUCAGUUAAAGACCCAGCCCAACCAACCCCAUGGAUCAUACGAACAUAUCGUACGAAUUACUGUUAGUUACAAUAGGCGUCCUUUUUAUUUCGACAAAGCUGAUUCUGUCAAUCGCAACCACAGUGAUAACUGAGAUACCAGCCGUACGUUUGAAUAACAAUUGCUCUCUGAUGAAGGCAUCAGCAUACGUCGUUUUUACACAUCCCGGCAAAUAUAUGUCAUAGACUUAUCUAGGUAGGCUCUAUUGAAGUGUAUUACUGUUGAUUCAUGUUUUGGGAAGACGUGUAGUGAAUAAUAGUAAAUCAAGUAUUUUAUUGUACGCAUAUGACAACGGUGCUUGAUUUUUCUGAUCUGAGAUCCUAAGAAUAAAAAGGGCACGUAGGUAUAUUGCACCUAGAUGUAGAAAUUUAGGGCAUACUAGACGGACAAAUGUACUAGUUUGCAGUCUAUACAUCCCAAAGAUGAAUGGUUUGCGCCUGAGCAGAUAGCUGGUUUGUGAUUCAUACGAAGACUACUCUGCGUACCUGUGAUGGUACAUGCAAUUGGUUCUCAACGUCUACUGCGAAUAUAAUGUCGAAAGCCUAUGACUUGAAAAAUGUGUAGGAUAAAACUGUUGCAUUUGUCGUGGCCUUAACCGUCGCUCGGACCGUGGAAGUUUCGCUCUGUUAAACGCGUAUUGGCACUAGAUAGCGUAAAUGUUUCGGGUCAUGAGACGCCACUAGCGUCGCUCCCUUUACGUCCGCUCAAAGUCGUUUCAGAUCUUUCCGGGUCUGUUGCAGUGGCUUCCUGCAUUUGCGCCAACGCACAAAAGCCAAUUGACAAUACGGUCACGGCUACUGGAAGGCUUCUUUGGGCGAUGUAUGUAGCUGCCGAUUUAUGCUAUGCAAUGAGCUUAUUGAAUAGCGCUCUGAUACUAUUCAGCGGUCUCUCGACGCUCCUACACGAGAUUCUAUAGAAUUUAUAAAUUUCCGAGGUUUGAUCCAACAAUUGCCAGAACAGAAGGACGACUGAUUUUUUAUCUGCGUAUGUUACUAUAUGAAUACUCGAACAUGGGUGUAAAUAGAGGACCAUACCACAUUGCUUUAAUUCAUUUAUCUAUUAAUUGAAUUUGGCAAAAAAUAAACUUUGAGCUGUUCGAUUAGCACCGAGGAAGGACAACCGGGAAUAAGAGAAUGCAGAAAAGGCCCUGCG